AUUCCACCAGCCUUAAAUGGGCCGUUGAAUGGAUAAACUGAUGGGCCCAAGUCCAAUAGAAAGAGUCCAAACUCCAUCACUGUCUCACGGUAUUUAAAACCUUCUCUCCAAACGAAAGCUUUUACCACAAGCUCAUAUCGUGUCUCCUCUAGAACCAUCUUCUUCUUUGUCUUUCGUUUGCUUCAUUUCUUCAUCUAAGCCAUGGCUCGUCGUUCCGGAGGAGGAAGAUCUGCACCUCGCCCUGCAGCCCGCCCUGUUCGUAACCCUCCUCAGCCAGCUCAACGUGCUCCUCCACCAGCCCCAGCUCAAGCUUCCAGUGGCGGAUCUAUGCUUGGGGGUCUUGGUGCCACUAUAGCUCAAGGUGUUGCUUUUGGAACCGGAAGUGCCGUAGCACACAGGGCUGUGGAUGCUGUUAUGGGCCCUCGCACAAUCCAACAUGAAACUGUCGGUACAGAGGCUGCUGGUGCUUCACCAGCACCCAGUAACAGCAGCGUUGGCGAUGCUUGUGGAAUCCACUCUAAGGCCUUCCAAGAUUGCCUGAACAACUAUGGAAGUGACAUCAGCAGAUGCCAGUUCUACCUGGAUAUGUUGAGUGAAUGCCGCAGGAACUCUAAUUCUAUGAAUGUUUGAAGUCGCUUCUAGGUUGCUUUGAUGACGAAAUUCUUGAGAUUAUUGAAGCUUAAAACUAUACAAGUGGUGGGUGUUUUUUUUAUGUAAUGUUGGUGGGCUGCUGCCUAUUGUAUGCCGCUCCUUUAAACAGAUUUAUGUUUAUUCAUAGUUUGAGCUUGGUGAAUGUUUCAGACUUUACCAAGUUGUGGUUGAAUAAAGAUAUCUGGGCAUGACUCGUAAUUCAAAUUGGUUUACUACAAACA